UGCUAAGACCGAUUCCGAUUCCGAUUCCGAUACCAUAUAUACUCUCUCGCCACGACCCGCUGGGUAUAUAAAGUGCAAACGGGGCCGAUUUCUGGCAUUCAUUGUUUGUUCGCAGGCAAAUCAACUCCUCCGCCAAGGACCAAAGGAUCUAGCAUCACCCGUUUUUUGCCACUAAAUCAUUUCAUUCAUCAUUAAUCUUGUUCUGACUCCGAAUCCGAGUCUCAGGAACUGUAUGUGCUUGUGUACUCUACUGUUUAUCAAAGCAAAGUAAAAUUAAAAGCCAAACAACGCCAAAUACAAACAAAGAUUCGUCGGCAGCGAAAUAAACAAAACAUCGCAAAACGUGCGCGCCAACAAAAAACCGAAAUAAGGGAAAAAUUCGCUAUAAAUUUUUCCGAUUUCCCCCUCUCGCCACCCACAAGAACUGUUUGCCUACGUAGAACAAAAGAAAGCAUUUUGCAAUAAACAAACCCAGAAAGGCAGCACCGAGUCAACAUGGAAGUGCAGAAGCUGCCGGAUCAGUCGCUGAUAUCCAGCAUUAUACUUGAUUCCAGAUGUGGGCUGAACGACUUAUAUCCGAUUGCCCGGCUAACACAGAAAAUGGAGGACGCCCUUAGUGUUUCUGGGAAGGCAUCAGCAUCGCCAGCACCUGCCACCGUUGAUAAGGACUGCCCCUACACCAUCGAACUGAUCCAGCCCGAGGAUGCGGAAGCGGUGAUAGCCAUGCUCAAGACCUUUUUCUUUAAGGAUGAGCCCCUGAACACCUUUCUUGAUCUAGGUGAGUGUAAGGAACUGGAGAAGUACUCUCUGAAGCCACUUCCCGAUAAUUGCUCAUACAAGGCGGUCAACAAGAAGGGUGAGAUUAUAGGUCUAUUCCUUAAUGGACUAAUAAGGCGUCCGUCCCCCGAUGAUGUGCCCGAGAAGGCAGCUGAUUCCUGCGACCAUCCCAAGUUCAAGAAGAUCCUCUCGCUGAUGGACCAUGUUGAGGACAAAUUUAACAUAUUCGACAUUUAUCCCGACGAGGAGCUGAUCCUAGACGGCAAAAUCCUGUCGGUGGACACCAACUACCGGGGUCUGGGCAUUGCCGGUCGCCUGACGGAGCGAGCGUACGAGUACAUGCGGGAGAAUGGAAUCAAUGUGUACCACGUGCUGUGCUCCAGCCACUAUUCCGCUCGUGUGAUGGAGAAGCUGGGCUUUCACGAAGUUUUCAGCAUGCAGUUCGCCGACUACAAACCGCAUGGAGAGGUGGUCUUUAAGCCGGCGGCCCCACAUGUUGGCAUUCAGGUGAUGGCCAAGGAAGUGGGCCCCGCGAAGACGGUCCAGACAAAACUGUAGAUCAUCUGAAUUUGGAUUUUGUACUAUGUGAUUCUUUAGUUUGUAGUUCGGUGGCGGGUUCCCGGUAGUGUCUCCACUUUUGAUUCAGAGUAGCAUAAACAAACAGUACAAGUUACGUAUUUAUCUAAUUUAAUUAGCCCGUUGCGACGGUAAACUUAAGUGUUUUGUGUUUAGAACGAGCUCAAAAUAAAACAAUGUCUUUAAAACCGA